GCUGUCAACACCUUUCACUUCAACAACAAAUACAACAACAAAGACCAAUCCUCCAACCGUCAACAUGAUCAUCACCCGCGCUCUCUCCGUCACCAACUUUGUCGUCGCCAGCUCGGCGCUCAGCUUCCAGGUGGGUGUGCUGUACCCGUGGCACAAGCAACUGGACGACGACUUCGAGGCCCUCAAGAGGGAGCACAUGCGCGUCCUCACAGCCGUCGAGUCCAAGGUCGAGCAAGGCCAGGACUCUCCUGCCUUUGUCGAUGAGAGCCGCCGCAGCAUCCGUGGCAUGCUGGGUAACCUGGCUGCCUGGAAGGCCUGAGCGAAAAAAUGGAGAGGCCGCCGACUUCGGGGAUUGGGCGUCAGCACCCCUUAAAACAACAAAACAACACAUCAACAUCCUCCUCCUUCUCCCUCCCAAACUACACCUUGGCGAUCGAUGACAAUACAAUAGCGAUGGAAACAUCAAUCAAUCACCUGACAUCGCUCUGGCAUCUUUUGCCACUCUCUCACGACACUCAAUCAACAUUCUUGCGCAUCCGGAGUUUCUCGGCGUUUUGCUUCGGCCCGAGUGGGGCCGGUCCACGGUCUCGACCCGGGUGAUCACGUGCACCCCCCGAGCGCCACCACGGUUUCUCCCGACCGCCGGACCAUCAUCACCGGGGGGCCUCGGCACGGGAUCAAAUCAGGGGGGUACACAUUUCACUUUUUUUUGGCUCAUGAUACACACACAACACAACAACACAACUAUACAGAAAGGAAUAGUUGCAUCUUGACAUUUUUGUUCCUGUUUAGACAGCCUAGACAUCAAGUCAUAUAACAGUUAGAA